UCCCAGGAUCAUCCUACAGGACGGCCAUGCUGAAUACACAACCUGUUCAGAGCUGGAGCCAAAGAUCAACCACAAGCUGCAAAACUAUGUGAAAAAAAGAUCUGUAAAGACGUUCUAACAAUGAGGCGACGCUUUCAGAUGCAGCUGGUUAUGGUGGAGUUUGUACAUAAGCGGCUGUAAAUGUACUGCCUCAAGGAAACGAAUCGCUUUGUUGAUUGUGAAGUCAUGCCUUUUUUGGAGUUUGUAGCUGGGAGCAUUUCAGGUGCAGUGGGGAUUGCACUUGGACAUCCGUUGGACACAGUGAAGGUGCGUCUGCAAGCAAAGUCUGUGUAUAAAGGGAUGUUUGACUGUGUGGCUAAAACAUACUUGAAUGAAGGACUCCGUGGAUUUUUCAAAGGCAUGUCCUUUCCUGUUCUGACCACUGGCCUGGCCAACUCCAUCGUCUUUGGCUCUUACAGCAAUGCUUUACAUUACAUCUCUCAGUCUGACUGCAAUAUCCGCAGCCCCUGCAAACAAGCCUCUUCAGUGCAAGUCUUCACUGCGGGCUGCAUCUCAGGCGUUGUGCAGGUGCUGGUUUGUGCUCCAAUUGAUCUGGUGAAGGUGCGUCUGCAGGGUCAAACUGCUGCUGAGCGCUACCGUGGACCCAUACACUGCGUAGCUGUCAUACUGCAGGAGAAGGGUCUAAAGGGUCUGUACAAAGGAGGGGUGGCUAUGGCUCUGAGGGAUGUACCCUGUUAUGGACUCUAUUUCCUCCCUUAUGAGGUCAUCCGUAAGACCCUGACUGAGACUGGAGAGGAGCCAGGUACCUUUGCAAUACUUAUGGCGGGGGGCGUAGCAGGUGUGGUGACCUGGGCGUGCGCCACACCCAUGGACGUCAUAAAGGCUCGGCUCCAAAUGUCUGGAGCUGGCGGUCGGCACUACAGCGGCGUCCUGCACUGCAUAAGAGUCAGCUUAAAGGACGAAGGAGUCAGAGUCUUCUUCAAGGGUCUUCUACUGAACAGUGUCAGGGCUUUCCCUGUCAACGCCGUCACCUUCCUCACCUACGAGAGUCUGCUGAAGAUUUUCCGUUCACCUAGUAAAUAGAAGCAUCCUCACCAGUAAAAACGGACUUUGUUUUUCAAAAAGGAAGCAAGAAAGUUAACUUUAAGUCUAACAGUUUCCAGGUUACAUUUCAUUCAUUGACAAAUAAUAACAAAAUGAGUUCCAAUA